AUGGACGGCGACGACGGCCUCUACACAAAGCCGCAACAGAGACUGACGUUCGAGCUGGCGUACGAGGCGCUGCAGGACGCCCUCAUCGCGCCCAGCUCGCUCAGAGGGAGCGCUACGGCCAUCGUCGUUGCGGCAAACGGCCAGGAUGGAUACAACCAGGUGAUCGAGGAGCGCAUGGAUCCACACAAAGCUCACAGAGCCAAAGGCUGGGCUCCUGGCACCCAUGGCUCCUCGAUCGCAGGACGACUGGCUCACCAUCUGGGCACCGAGGGCCCCUGCAUGGCUGUCGAAACGGCUUGCAGCGGGGGUUUGGCCGCUCUCAAUGUGGCGGUGAGCGCGUUGGAGAGAGACGAAUGCUACAGGGCCAUCGUGAUCGGUGUGACGACGAGGUUGGUCGAUCAUCACAUCGACUACUUGCAUACAGCCAACAUGGCCUCCAAGACGGGCAGAUCAAGUCCCUUUGGUCGGGACGCAGACGGCAUGGUCACCAGUGAGGGCGUUGUCGCGGUAGUCUUGCAACGUGCCGAUGCGAGCUCCAGCGCCAGCGCGCCUUCUUCGUACGGUGCCAUUCGCUCCAUUCUCGUCCGCCACCAGGGCACAGCGGCCAAUAUAUCCAUGACAAAGACCGACGCCCAAUCCCGGCUGCACCUCGACGCUCUCCGUCGUGCCGGCGCGAUGCCUGGAGACGUCUCUGUCUUCGAGGCGCACGGCACCGGC